AGCCGCCUUCUCCACAGGGCCGCCUCCCACCUCUCGGGGCAGCAGCCUGGACGACUCUGGCCUACUCCCCUGGUUUCCUGUGUGUCACCCCCAGCCCACACUUCCUUCAGGGCCAAGAGGAAAACGCAGUUCCUGUUGAGUGAGGCAUGAGUCAGCGGAGGGGAGCGGUGGCUGAGUCUUCAUAACCUCCAGGCAUGGCUAUUAAAUAUCUAAAUGACACUCCAGGAUUGAUCGCUUCCCCUCCCGGCCCCUUCGGGAGCGCAGGUUCGCUGUCCGGGGUUCAGAUAAUCGCUGUAUCCUGGAUUUAGGCAAACUCUGAAGAGCUCCAGGGAAGUUCUCUAUAAAUCUCACCCUAGAUUAUAUCGUCUCCUCCUCCUUGGAGCUCGCAGUCUGGCGUGGGAGCCAAUUGGGUCUGCUUAUUUUAGGCUAGCUCAGUGACGGGCACCCAGCAGGCUGAGCGGGCUGCUUUCUCUGGCUCAUGGCUCCUUCUCCAUCUUCUUCCUCCUCACUGUCCCUCCGUCUUUCAACCCUUCAUGCUAGCUCCCCGGGAUAGGGCACCCAGAGCUUAAUUUCUUGGAGAGGAGGCCAUUGGUUGACAAGAACCCAGAACCCAGAUCAGCAGGGGAAGGCCCCUCCGAGAGACUGUGUUCCUAGUCAGGUCCUAGCCCAGGCUUGCCGGGGCUGGGCACUGCAGAGUGGACCUGGCUGAAAUGGUAGGACUGGCCCUUCCUAGUCCUAGAUCUGCCUGUCCUCCCAGGACAGUUAUCAGGAUAAAUAUACCCAGCUCCCCAUUCCUGGGGAGUUACUCAGCGAGCAAAAGUGCCCCGCCGCUGUGGAUUAGAUUACCUCUGCCCCUGCUGCUCAUGUGCUUGGGGCUGGGGGAGGGGAGACCCGCCCUCCCGCCGCUUGCCUUCCUAAUCUGGAAGUCUGAGCAGAGGGGGCUGAGAGAUGAGACCAUCCCCAUGGAGGGGAGCCGGCCCUGCUGUUCACGUGGCCACUUCCUUAGGCAGGGCCCAGCCCUGAUCCCUGCUUGCAUCCUGAGCUCUUGCGGCUUCUUCUCCGAGCCUCGAGGUGACCAAGGCCGCCCCGGUGGUCAGCAGGGGCCGAAACUUCUCGCCUGGCAUUCUGAGCCCAGCGGGGUGGGCAGGCCGGAAGGCUGGGCCUCUCCAGGUCCGGCGGGGAAGGGACUUGCUGUCUGUGUGAGAGGCUGGGUCUCACCAUAAAUGGCGGGGAGGGACGUCUGGCCCUGGGCCGCUGGCACGGCCUGUACCGGAGCUCUUGGGGCAGGAUCCACUCCAUCCUCCCUCGGCUUCUCAUCUCCUAAGGAGACACCUGCCUGGGCCAUGGAAGCUGAGUUAAAGUGGCCUGCAGAAAGAAGACGCCCUGCUGGCGGACCUGGAGUCCACAACCUCCCACAUCUCCAAGCGGCCCGUUUUCUUGUCUGAGGAGACCCCCUACUCCUACCCAACUGGGAACCACACGUACCAGGAGAUCGCCGUGCCGCCCCCCGUCCCACCGCCCCCAUCCAGUGAGGCCCUCAACGGCACGGUCCUCGACCCCUUAGACCCCUGGCCACCCAGCACCUCCCGAUUCACCCACCAGCAGCCUCAGUCCUCAUCCCCCGUGUACGGCUCCCGUGCCAAGACUUCCAGUGCCUCCAGCCCCCAGGACGGCGGUGGGCCCCCGUGUCCCCGAGCCGGCGAGGAAGACCACGUGUACAGCUUCCCCAAUAAGCAGAAGUCAGCCGAGCCUUCGCCCACCGUCAUGAGCUCCUCCUUGGGCAGCAACCUCUCUGAGCUCGACCGCCUGCUGCUAGAGCUGAACGCCGUGCAGCAUAACCCCCCAGGCUUCCCCGCAGAUGAGGCCAACUCCAGCCCGCCGCUGCCGGGGGCUCUGAGCAGCCACUAUGGCGUCCCGGAGAAUAGCAGCCCGCUGGGGGGUAAAGCUGGACCACUGACCAAAGAGAAGCCCAAGCGGAACGGUGGCCGGGGCCUGGAGGACUUGCGGCCCAGCGUGGAGAACCUCUUGGAUGAGCUGGAGAGCUCCGUGCCCAGCCCCGUCCCUGCCAUCACUGUGAACCAGGGCGAGAUGAGCAGUCCCCAGCGAGUCACCUCCAGCCAGCAGCAGACGCGCAUCUCGGCCUCCUCCGCCACCAGGGAGUUGGAUGAGCUGAUGGCCUCGCUGUCGGAUUUUAAGUUCAUGGCCCAGGGGAAGACAGGGAGCAGCUCUCCCCCAGGCGGCCCCCCGAAGCCUGGGAGUCAGCUGGACAGCAUGCUGGGGAGUCUGCAGUCUGACCUGAACAAACUGGGGGUCGCUACGGUCGCCAAGGGAGUCUGUGGGGCCUGCAAAAAGCCGAUCGCGGGGCAGGUGGUGACGGCCAUGGGGAGGACCUGGCACCCGGAGCACUUCGUCUGCACCCACUGCCAGGAGGAGAUCGGCUCCCGGAACUUCUUCGAGCGGGAUGGACAGCCCUACUGUGAAAAGGACUAUCACAACCUCUUCUCUCCGCGCUGCUACUACUGCAACGGGCCCAUUCUGGAUAAAGUGGUGACGGCCCUCGACCGGACGUGGCACCCGGAGCACUUCUUCUGUGCCCAGUGUGGCGCCUUCUUCGGGCCUGAAGGGUUCCACGAGAAGGAUGGCAAGGCCUACUGCCGGAAGGAUUACUUCGACAUGUUCGCGCCCAAGUGCGGUGGCUGCGCCCGGGCCAUCUUGGAGAACUACAUCUCGGCCCUCAACACCCUCUGGCAUCCUGAGUGCUUCGUGUGUCGGGAGUGCUUCACGCCGUUUGUCCACGGCAGCUUCUUCGAGCACGAGGGGCAGCCCUACUGCGAGGCGCACUACCACGAGCGGCGGGGCUCCCUGUGCUCGGGCUGCCAGAAGCCCAUCACGGGCCGCUGCAUCACCGCCAUGGCCAAGAAGUUCCACCCGGAGCACUUCGUCUGCGCCUUCUGCCUCAAGCAGCUCAACAAGGGCACGUUCAAGGAGCAGAACGACAAGCCUUACUGCCAGAACUGCUUCCUCAAGCUCUUCUGCUAGGCGCCCGCCCUCCCCGCCUGCCCCUUCCCCGGCCCAGCCUCCAGACUGCGCUGGGGCCCAGAGGCCUCGUCCCGGGGGGCUGGGGUGGGGGGCGGUGGCGAAGGGGCCCGACUGGAACUGGAACCGCGUCCUCGGCGAUGGCGACGGCUUCUCUUGCCCCCUGCCAGCGCCUCUGGGCCGCCACCCUCCUCCCGAGGCUCCCCUGAGGCGGAGGCUGGAGGAUCCCACCUGCGUCCCCACGAGCCCGCCUGGCCAAGCCAGCACCCCACACUGGAGCCAUUUCUUACUCGUAUCUCGGCAGUGAAGCCGGGGGCGGGGAGGGCAGGCAGGGUCAGACGGGGGCCUCUUUGCAUCCUUAUCCCCCACCCCAACCUCGUCAGCCCUGUUCUGAGAGUACUGGGGGGAUGCCAGCUCCCCCCAGGCAAUGCCAGCAUCCACCCACCCAUCCACCCAAGGGCGGACGUGCCCACGGGGCCACAGAAGGUUCCUUGCGCGCCUCCUGCCCUUCCCAUCUCCCCAGGCCUGGGCAGCUGCCCCCAACACCUGCCCCCCGCCCCCCCCACAGCUGCUCUGGUUCUACUGAGAAAGGCCUCUCCAGCAAUAAUGUUUUCUAGUCACUUCCUCCAUCUCCUGGGAUGGCGUGAGGUGGCGAGUGUCGCCCCAUUGCCCGGACACUGUACCAACUUUGAUAGUUUUCUACACUGAGGUUUGAAUUCGUAUCAUCUGAGUUGCUUUUACUUCUCUAUAUGAAGAUGAUUUUGAAGAGGUUUUACCGACGUCUCCUUUUGUACGCCUCCCCCGCGCGCUGCCGCUGGCCCGGUGCACACCGCGGUGGCUGCGGGACGUGCGGGGCUUGCCUUGUUCUGAGGGCUCGGGGCAGGGAAGCAAUUCAUAUUUUAUUUUUUUCUUAGCACAAGCAGGUGAGCGGGUAGUGGCUCUGUUGGCUGUCCAUCUGUAACUUCACAGCUCACCAGGACUGGUUUAUAAACUGCUGUAUUUCGAACCCCCUUCCUCACUCCCCAGGCCAGCAAGCUCUUCACUGAGACCGGCCUGAAGGGUGUCUUGCCCUCUGGGGCCUAGAAUUCCGAACCUCAUCCGUCCUGUUUCUGAGCGGGGAGAGAGGGGGAAGUCCACUCUGGGGGUGCCGUUAGGGGCGUCCACAGAGAGACUUUCUGGCCACAAAGAGAACAUUCUUGGCCUCCCCACUGCUACUCUGGGGCCCUUUCUUCUGCCUCCUCAGGAAAGCUGGGAUUUGAUUUUGACUGUUAGUCUUGUUGAUUCCACUGGGUGUGUCCCUUCCCCAAACUUCUUGCCUUCCCUGGAGACUGGUGGUGGCCCCCGGGGAGAGAGCCCACCCCGGCUGUGUCCUAGGGGCCUGAUAGGAUUCUGGGCGGAGGGACAGGAUCCCAGCGAAGCAACAGGAAGCCCCCUGAGGAUGAGUCAGGCCGGGCUGGGGUUCCGGGUCAGUGGAACGGGGGCCCCUAAGUGAGGGCAAGCCAGACCCACUCCAUUAACCUCAUCAGAGGCUGGGUGUGCUGAGCUUCUCAAGAGGAGAAGGGGGUCCCUCCUCGGAGGCGGGGCUGGGAGCAGCCUGGGUCUGGGGAGGUCGGCCAGGCCCCGCCACAGGUCUGAUGUCUCCAUUUCUACCCAUAGGCCUUAUUGCUCUGUUUACAGUGACCCACCCCAGACCCCUCCCCUAGAGGAUCUGGGACUUCCAGAGGUUCUACCCUCGGGGUCGAUGGUUAUUUGAUGAUUUGAUUUUUAAUUUUCUUUUCCUCUGUAAACUUAUAACCUGGCUUUUCCCCAUUUUAAUUCCUGUGAUUUAUGCCAAUAAAGUUUGCCAUUAUUUUCA